AUGGCGCAUAUGACCAAUCCGCUGGCCACGGCCGAGCAGCUCUACAAGCGCAACACCUUUAGCUCCCUCCCAGCCGACUUGCAGGAUGUCAUCUUCUACGCGACACAAUGCCUGACCCAGGCGGCCGGCGUGCUGCUCGGUUUGCCGCAGUCUACCACAGCCCAGGCCAAUGUUCUUUUGGCGCGUUACUGGCUUGUCGAAUCGCCAAUGGCGCAAGAAUUCAGCGACGCCUCCGCUGCCGCACUCUACCUUGUUGCCAAAAUGGGACCCCUCCCGCGCUCGACCCGCGAUGUAUCAAAUGUUUAUGCAUAUCUCCUCUCCUCGGCAUCACCACUCUUCCGCAGCGAACCUCCAGAUCCGAAAAAGCCCCACCCGGACCCGACGACGUAUUACCAGACAGACGGCGAGUAUGCGGCCUUCCAGACACGGAUGCUGGCUUCGGAAGCAAGAAUCCUUUGGGCUUUGGGGUUUGAUACGGCGGUGGCGCUUCCGCAUGCGUUGGCUGUCACAUAUCUUCAAGCUUUGGACUUCUUAGGCAAGCCCAAGGCCGAAAUUGCGGGACGGGUGAUUGCGCACCUCAACACGGCGCUGCUGAGCCCCCAGAUGCUGUACCUGACGCACCAGCCCAAUGCGCUGGCGACAGCAGCUGUAUACCUCGCUGCUCGGGAGGCCGGUGCAAAAAUGCCUGAAGUGGCAUGGUGGGAGGUUUUCGACGUGGAGAGAGAGGAACUUGGUUUUUUGGUUGUGGGGAUGCGGAGCCUUGAGGGGUGGAUUCAGAGUGCAAAGGAAACGGGUCUGCUGAGUGCCGGCAUGGUGACAAGGACAGGUAUAGAGAGAGAGGCGAGACGGAGGGCCGGUGAAGGUGAUGAGGAGGACGAGGUUAUGAGGCUGAUGGACCAGAAGACCGCAUAA